CCCGUUUCCCCGGUUGCGUUUCUCUUCUAUAAGCGCAUAGCAAACCCCGUCCCAUCCCAUCGAGGGGUCAAACCAGGCCUAAAACCCUCCCCCUUUCCCUCUUCUUCUCCUCGUCGCCUCCGCCCUCGCCGGCGAUGGGAGUCGCCGGGAAUUUCUGGGACCUCCUCAAGCCCUACGCCCGGAACAAGGGCGUGGACUUCCUCCGGAACAAGCGCGUGGCCGUCGACCUCUCCUUCUGGAUCGUCCAGCACGAGGCUGCCAUCCGCCACAAAACCCCUCGCAUCCGCAGCCCCCACCUCCGCACCACCUUCUUCCGCACCGUCUCCCUCUUCUCGAAGAUGGGGGCGUUCCCGGUGUUCGUCGUCGACGGGGAGUCGUCGCCGUUGAAGGCGCAGGCAAGGAUAGAGCGCUUCUUCUGCAACUCCGGUGUCGAUCCCUCGGCGCUGCCGAAGGCGGCGGAAGGGGAGGAGGCUCCCGUGAAACAGAGGAAUCAGGCAUUCACCAGAUGCGUUCAGGAGUGCGUGGAGCUCCUCGAACUCCUAGGGAUGCCAGUUCUAAGAGCAUGUGGUGAGGCUGAAGCCCUGUGUGCGCAGUUAAAUAGUGAAGGUCAUGUUGAUGCUUGUAUCACUGCUGACAGUGAUGCUUUCCUGUUUGGGGCGAAAUGUGUCAUAAAGUGCCUCCGCUCCAAUUGUAAGGAGCCUUUUGAGUGCUACUACAUAUCAGAUGUUGAAGCUGGUCUUGGUUUGAAGAGAAAACAAAUGGUAGCCGUUGCUCUUCUGGUUGGUAAUGACUAUGAUUUGCAUGGGGUAUCUGGGUUUGGGGUUGAUACGGCUGUCCGAUUUGUAAAGUUGUUUAGUGAGGAUGAGAUCUUGACUAGGUUAUGUGAGGUUGGUAAAGGGGUUUUCGCUUUUUCAGAGGGAAGCAUCAGUUUGGCCAUGGAUUCCCAUGUGCCCAUUUCAAAUGAGGUUUCACCAAGUGCAAGAUCUCAACACUGCUCGCAUUGUGGUCACCCAGGCAGUAAGAAAGCUCAUCAGAAGACUGCUUGCGAAUACUGUAUUCUUAAUGGUUCUGAAAAUUGCAUGGAAAAGCCAACAGGGUUCAAAUGCUUGUGCUCCACCUGCGAUAAGGAUCGCAAAACUAAGGAGCAAAAGAAAUACGAGAAUUGGCAAAUCAAAAUGUGCAAAAUGAUUGCUGCAGAACAAAAUUUUCCAAACAAUGCGAUCAUUGAAUUGUAUUUAAGUAGCAACCAUGGAAAUUAUGACGAAAAAGAUGCCCAUCUCUUGUGGGAUAAACCCAAAGUUGAAACUCUGGUUGAAUUUUUAAAUUAUCAUCAGCAUUGGGAGCCAUCUUAUAUACGGCAACGGAUGUUUCCAAUGUUAACAACUAUUUACUUAAGGGAAGUGGCCUCAAAUCCAAAUGAAGGCUUACUUCUACAUAGCCAGUAUGAGUUCCACUCUAUUCAGCGACUAAAAGUAAGAUAUGGCCAUCCUUAUUACUUGAUCAAAUGGAAGAAAGCUAUCCAGAGUACAGUUAUGUAUGAUGUCUCUGGUGAGCAAUCUGAGUCUGAGGAAAUGGAGUCCAUGGGAGCUAAUGGCUCCAAUGAUAUGCUAGAUGAACCAGAUGUUCCAUUGAUUCUCACUGACAAUGGGUGUUGCUUUCUCUUGACUGAUGAAAAUAUGGAGCUUGUACAAGCUGCAUUUCCCAAGGAAGUUGACCGAUAUUUGGGAGGAAAAGAGAUUAAAGGAAUCCAAAUCAAAAGAAAGAAAAUCCAAUUCAAGAUCUGGCAAAAAUAAAGCUGGAAUUGCUGACAAUUCAGAAUCUCCCAAAUUGAGUGGCGUUCAGCUUAGCAUCACUGAGUUUUACCGUUCAACGAAAGCACUGGGUCAGGCAAAGACAGGUGAGGACCCAGAGAAGAACUUGAACAGAGAAGAGCCACCAAGAGACAACAGAAAGAAGUCAGCUGAUUUGGAUCAGAACUUGCCGAAGUCUGUGAGGCGGCGUCUCCUAUUUGACUGACCAAUAUUUCUUUUGUUCCUUUCUUUUUGAGGCGGCGACUUCUGGGUUUUUAUCAUGUAGGGCUAGUUUUCUUGCGUGUAAUUUACUGAAAAAUGAUGUAAAGUCCAAGCCUUAGACUAACAUGUAAAUUAUUCUGGCCUUCUUUUGUAAAGAAAAGGAGAUUUAGUUUAAGAAUCAGCAGGUCAUAAAUUUCUGGAACACCUGCUCAAUUUCCAUGUCUGGUUUUGUAAUUGACUAUUUCAUCAUCUUUAAUAGUGCUCGUUCAUUUGGGGGUGAUCA